GUGGUUCAUUGUAUAGUCUUGUCUUUCACAGAUGCACGCACACAUACGGUUAUGUGAUGAUACCUCAAGGGUGAAGGUUGGGAAAGGGGAUGAAGGGAAGGGGAUUCUUGGCGCAGUUGCUGUUUCGUGAAAAGAGAAACAAACACGUAGCCCACAUCGCAAGACCCGCAGGCUUGCAGAUUGUACUCGCACGAUCCUUCACAGGAGCCCUCCAUUAAGUUUGCAUGAACACCAAAUCCCUCCUGCUACCCAAUUAUCUGGCCAAACAAAAUACACAUAAAACGGAACGUUUGCACACCAAUCUCUCCAAAUCUCCCACAGAUCCCCGUCACUCUGAGAGGGGCGGAACGUCACUGCCCACCAAUGAGACAAAAAAACCAAAGGGCAGAGAACCCAGACAGUGGUAUAGGUCGACAAGAGACCAGCCACAUUUCAGCCAGCCAUGCUGAAGAAGCUGACGCUUUCAACCAUCGUGCUGUUCUCACUCAUUAGAUGUGUCGUAAAAAGCCGAGAAAUUACGCAACACGAGUACUGUGUCGUCGGUGCCGGACCCGCAGGGCUGCAGAUGGCGUAUUUCCUCGAGAGGUCCAACAGGGACUACGUUGUGUUUGAGAGGACCAAUAUGUCAGGCAGUUUCUUCGCGCACUACCCUCGCCACAGAAGGCUGAUCAGCAUCAACAAAUGCCACACUGGACGCGACAACCCGGAGUUCAACCUCCGCCACGACUGGAACUCGCUGCUCAGCGACGACCCCUCGUUGCUGUUCAGGCACUUUUCGCAUGACUACUUUCCACGAGCAGACGCAAUGACGCUCUACCUGGACACCUACCGACGGAAGCUCGGUCUCAAAGUGUCGUUCGACACGGAGAUACGGAACGUACACCGUCUGCAGAACGACAGUUUCUGCGGACCCGCGUUCGCCUUGGAGGAUCAGCGUGAGGGACUGCACCUCUGCAAUACUGUCUUGAUGGCCAAUGGCAUGUCAAAGCCCAACAUCCCCAAGUUCGAUGGAAGUGACCUCUGCAUUGGCUACGAGUCCCUGUCGACAAACAUUUCGGACUUUGAGAACAAAGCUGUCCUCAUCCUCGGUAAGGGCAACUCUGCUUUCGAGACGGCAAAGCACAUCUAUGGAGUGACUAGCGUGGUUCACAUGCUUUCACGCUCUCCACCUCGAUUUGCUUGGAGCACUCACUACGUCGGAGAUCUCAGGGCAACAAAUAAUGACCUGCUCGACAACUAUCAACUCAAGUCUCUCGACGGUCUCAUAGAUGGACCAAUGGAAUCCCUCCGCCUCGCACGAUACGGCGAGGGAAAGAUAAUACUACAACGUGCCACGCGUGGAAACAGCAAAGGUUGCACGGCCUCCCUCGACGAAGCACCUAUCCGCCAGGCGUACGACGUCGUAAUCCGCUGCCUCGGCUUCGACUACGACGACAGCAUGUUUUCAAAGUCUUCCAUGCCAGUCCGUGGUACUGGGGCCACGAGUCACUAUCCUCGAGUAUCACACACUUAUGAAUCGAUCAACGUGCGUGGCUUGUUCUUCCUGGGAGCCGUAACGCACUCGCUCGACUUCGAGAAGUCCUCGGGAGGUUUCAUUCAUGGAUUUCGAUACACCGUACAAGCCCUCCAUCGUCUGCUGGAGUACAGUCGCCACGGUAACCCAUGGCCUAGCAAAACUUUCUUGCUCAUGGACCUUCUCAAAGUCGCAGUGGAGCGAAUAAACGAGGCUGCUGCAAUGUACGAGAUGUUUGGCUCGCUCGGUGACGUUUUUCUCAUAGACAGAGAUCUUCUCAAAGUCACGCUUCUGAAAGACUUCCCCGUUGCCCUGCUUUCUGAACUGACCGAGCGGACUGGUCACCGUGCCAACGAAGCCAUUCUCUUAACCAUGCAGUACGGGGCCAACUUCUCGGGUCCUCGUCACGACACCUUUCGCUUCGGCAGGGCAGUGUCCGACGUCGAGGACGCUCAUUUGUCGAAUUUUCUUCACCCAAUCUUCUAUUAUUAUGAGGACAUUGAGCAAGUCGACAAGGAACGUCCCGAACCUCCACCCACACAACUGAGGCCCAAAUAUGUCCACCACGUUUUGGAAGACUUCCUGACCGACUACACUUCAGAACACCUGCACGUCCAGCCACUGCGCCGUUUUCUAGAGACGUCCUUAGGCCUGGACUUCGGAAGCUACUCUUUCAACAAGUGUCAGAGAAUGAUGAUGCAAACAUCAGCGAAACCACUGCCUCUGUACUGCAUCCAGAACCUCACAUUCAAAAAGGAUGUUUCCUCAUUGUGAUGAUGACUGCUCAUAUGUGCUAUGUUUCGGUGGAUUACUGCGUAAAUGAUUAGUACAUCUGUUUGUCCAGUGCUCUUCCUGAAUGCGCU